AUGGAGACCUUGUUCGGGUUGAACGAGUUCAACAUCUACAAGGACAAUCAGUCGACCACACUGCAUCAUGAUUACGAAUACUCGUAGGUUAUUAAAUUUUUUGGAAUUUUUUUCUGGGGUUACUGUAAUUCUAAAAAAUCAACAAUUUUUUCGAGUUUUUUUGGAGGUUUUUGGGUCAAAAAGUACUUGACACCCUCUGAAAAGAAAUUUCGAUUUUGUGCUUGACCCUUCAUACGACAAAAACAUUAAAAAAUAGGAAUAAUGAGUCAUUUUGAUACUUUUUAAUAUUAUCAAUGAUAACUUUUGACAAUUUUUUUGUGAAAUUUCUCUCAAAAAAUCACAUUUUACUCCACAUUUUUUUGGGGAGGAUACUUUUUGAUACUUUUCAAAAUGAUCAUUGAUAAUUUUUGAGAUUUUUUGAGGACUUUGAAAUUUCCUACAUCUUUCCUAGAAAAAGUUUUUUUUAUGAAGACUGAUGCGUUUACAGUGACGGACUUGAUCCAGUGGCAAAGAACGUACCAUUUUGCAUCCGGGAAGCAUUAAAAAUGUGGCAAAAUGCUUCCUUUUCCGAGUGAAAAAAACUUGGUUUUGAAGGGCGCGCCUUUGAAAUCGGAUUUUUUUCACUUGGAGACGGAGGUAUUUUGCCACAUUUUUGAUACUUCCCAGGUGCAAAAUGGUACGUUUUUUCCACUGGAUAAGUCCCCCACUGUAGCUACUUUCCAAAAAAAAACUUUGUUAUCUUUUGGCCGCUUUCUCAAGUAUCACCCAAACUUAUCCCCUCUUUUUGCAGCUAUAAAUUGCCAUUUGAAAAAGUCCAUGACAAAGUGGGAUGGACCCGAUUGUUUCAAACCUACUGGGGACACUCCAUUACUGUAUCUAUUGUUUACUACAUUGCAAUCAGAGUGAUUCAAAGUAUUAUGAGGAAUCGAGAGGCGUUCGUUCUUCAGCGGCCAUUAUUCUUCUGGAAUUUUGGGUUGGCGUUGUUCAGUAUCGCCGGAUUUGUUAGGUUUGCGGAGGUAAGAAAGUGAUAAUUGUUGCUGUAAUUAAAAUUAAAAAUGCUUUUGAAGCGCUGCAAUUUCUGCUGUAAUCUUUUCUCAUCGAUUUUAUAACUUAAAUCGACCUAACCUCUCAAUGCGUAUUUUACAAAAAAAAAUUUAGGACUUUUUUGUCGCCUGGUACAAUAAUGGCCUCGAAUAUUCGUUAUGCCAUUCCUGUAAUCCAGAUGGAGUUGCGGCCUUCUGGAGUUUGGCAUUUGCGAUUUCAAAAAUUGUCGAGCUCGGCGACACUCUGUUUAUUGUGUUGAGGAAAAAACCAUUGAUCUUCUUGCAUUAUUAUCAUCAUGCCGCGGUUCUGGUCUAUACUGUUCAUUCAGGUAAGAAACACUUUUUUGUUAGACGUGGUACUGGACGUCGUAUUUUACAUAAAAAUAAUUUUCUGAAACUUAUUAUGUAUCUACAAAGUUAAUUUUUGAAGAUCGCAGAGACCUCUUUGCUCAAGCAUUGUUAAAAAGUUUAAUUUCAGACCAACUUACUAUCAGUCUGUCGGAAAAAUAGUGAGCGCUCUGUCGCAUCGAAAAUCGCAUCGCCGCCGGGAAAAUGAAUUGUGUCGCGGCAAAAUCAAUUUGCUUUUCAAUUCAGCGACACGAUUGGCGCAGCGACACGGCUUGCGCUCACUAUUUUUCCGACAGGCUGAUUGUGUGCUGUACAAUGCAUUAACAAAAACCCCCAUUUUUUCUUAUGGAAGCAGAAAAGUUAUUGAAGAAACUCGUUUUUUAAACUAGCCGACUCUCCUCAUUUCGCAUGCUCUCUCUCUCAAAUUAGACCGUCUUCUCGCCUGCUGCUAAAAAUUCGAGCUCACAGUUUUAGAGGGUGAUUUUUAAUGCUAGUGUGAGAGCUGUAUGCAAUUUCACUCUUUCUUUCCGAGAGAGCAUACGAAAUGAGGGGAGUCGGUCAAACAAAAAACAGCGUUUGUCCAUAACUUUCUCAUUUUUUCCUGAAAAUCUCGAUUUUUUUGGGGAGAGAAUGUAAACCGUAUUGGUAGCUGAUAUGAAAAAAAUUGGUCAUCAAAACUCGCAAAAAAGUGACAGUUUUCUGACAAAUCUUGAUCAAAAUAUAAUAUUUCGGCUCUUUCUGAAAAAAGGCUAGCUAGAAAUCUUGCAUGAGUGUUAGAAAAUAAUAAAUACUUUGAAAUUUGAAGCGAUCUUCCUAAAACCCCAAUUUCAGGAGCCGAGCACACCGCUCCAGGACAAGCUUUCAUCACCAUGAACUACUUUGCCCACGCCUUCAUGUACUCCUACUACGCCUACUGCGCGUUGGGCAAGCGGUUGCCCAAGUGGGUCUCCAUGUGUGUGACCUCAAUCCAGACGACUCAAAUGUUCUUGGGAGUGGCUGUGACCUGUUUUGUCUACUACUUGAAAGUCUACAAAAAUGUCCCCUGCCAACAGAGCAUGGCCAACUUGUACCUGGCCUUCCUGAUUUACAUUACUUUCGCUGUGUUGUUUGUCGAAUUCUUCGUCAACGCGUACUUGAAAAAACAGGAGAGAAGGGAGAAGAAAAAGUUGCAGUAA